AUGGCGGAACGAGCUACAAUGUGGGCUUCUGUUCGACAACACCUGCUACACGCCCAGCAGCGGAUGAAAUCUCAAGCUGACAAGGGACGUUCGGAGCGGCAGUUCAACAUUGGCGACUACGUCUUCCUCCGACUCCAACCCUAUGUGCAGUCGUCUUUGGCGCCUCGUGCACAUCAAAAGCUAUGCUUCAAGUUCUUUGGGCCGUACAAGGUCGUCGAUAAGAUUGGCUCCGUCGCCUACAAGCUGCUUCUGCCGCUGGGUUCGUCCAUCCACCCGGUCUUCCACGUCUCGCUCUUGAAACCGGCGCCGCCUUCUGCUUCUCCGCCAUCAAGCUCUCAGGUUCCUCCACCGCCGGACCUGUCUGAUGGCCUUCAAGUACCUGAGAAGAUUCUGCAGCGUCGACUGUACCACCGCGGCUCUAGCACUGUCCCUCAGCUCCUGAUCAAGUGGUCUGGCGUCGACUUUGAACUCGCCACCUGGGAAGAUGCUGAUUACAUCGUGCAACAGUUCCAGGAGCUCCGGCAUGGGGACACGUCGUGUCCCAAGGGGGGAGCGUGUCAGUGCCCCUCACCCUGGCGACCCUGA